AUGAUAGAAACGAACCUCAUAACAUCACAAAAUAUUACAUACCCUCAAUUGAAAUUAUUCACACACAAAAUAAUACGCACAAGCUCGUUUAUCUAUCUAUCUAUCUAUCUAUCUAUCUAUCUAUCUAUCUAUCUAUCUAUCUAUCUUAAUCUCUUCAUUAUCUAUAUAUCUAUCUAUGUAUCUAUCUUUUUCUCUUCAUUAUCUAUCUAUCUAUCUAUCUAUCUAUCUAUCUAUCUAUCUAUCUUUAUAAUCUAUCUUUUUUUCUUCAUUAUUUAUCUAUCUAUCUUUUUCUCUUCAUUAUCUAUCUAUCUAUCUAUCUAUCUAUCUCAAUAUCUUUAUAAUCUAUCUUUUUUUCUUCAUUAUCUAUCUAUCUAUCUAUCUAUCUAUCUCAAUAUCUUUAUAAUCUAUCUUUUUUUCUUCAUUAUCUAUCUAUCUAUCUUUUUCUCUUCAUUAUCUAUCUAUCUUUUCUCUUCAUUAUCUAUGUAUCUAUCUAUCUAUCUAUCUAUCUUUUUUCUUCAUUAUCUAUCUAUCUAUCUAUCUAUCUAUCUAUCUAUCUUUUUUCUUCAUUAUCUAUCUAUCUAUCUAUCUAUCUAUCUAUCUUUUUUCUUCAUUAUCUAUCUAUCUAUCUAUCUAUCUAUCUAUCUUUUCUCUUCAUUAUCUAUCUAUCUAUCUAUCUUCUUCUCUUCAUUAUCUAUCUAUCUAUCUAUCUAUCUUCUUCUCUUCAUUAUCUAUCUAUCUAUCUAUCUAUCUUUUUCUCUUCAUUAUCUAUCUAUCUAUCUAUCUACCUUUUUUCUCUUCAUUAUCUAUCUAUCUAUCUUUUUUUCUUCAUUAUCUAUCUAUCUAUCUAUCUACCUUUUUCUCUUCAUUAUCUAUCUAUCUAUCUUUUUCUUUUCAUUAUCUAUCUAUCUAUCUAUCUAUCUAUCUAUCUAUCUAUCUAUUUAUCUUUUCUCUUCAUUAUCUAUCUAUCUAUCUAUCUAUCUACAUUAA